AUGGCUGGUUGUCUGCAAAGUUGUGAGGCACUUCUGAGAUGCCUUGUAGCCGUUGCUCUCUUCUCCACACUUGCAGAGGCAGAGCCCUUUGACCCCGUUCACCUCUACCACCACAGGUCCGGACUGAAUGAAGACAACAUCAUCCUUGCCAACAAUGGAAUCAGGGUUCCACUUGGGAGGUCGGUUUUUCUGGACCCCGUGAAUGACCUAGUGAUCGACAUCCAGCCUGGCGACCGCUGCCACAUCACGGUUCUGGACAACGACCCGUUGGCCCAGAAACCCGGGGCGCUGACUCCGAAAAAGUUCCCAUGCUCCUUUGGACUGGAUGAAGUGAAAUACACUCAUUUUGGAUCCCGGAGCCCAAACAAGGACCGCGUGAAGCUGCAGCUCCGUUAUGACUCUCAGACAGACACAGUCAUCGUUCCCUUCAUGCUGGAGGUGGAGGUGGUUUUCCAGCAGCUGGAGAUCUUGACCAGGAAUAUGCCUUUGAACGUCGAGAAGCUCAACGGCGACAGCAACCCGAUCGACAGAAAGGCCCUGGAGUUUUCCUUCGAGGACGGGGUCACUCAGUGUAAGAUGACCACUCUCGUCGGAGCCGGCGGUCUUCCCAGGUACGGUGUUCUUCUAAACGGUCCCGGCAGGGGACACAUGGUUGACUGUGAUGAAUUUGUGAAGCAAGGCAUCCGAUACAAACACACGGCUAGCACCGAGUCGCCCAACAGAGACUAUAUUCCGAUGAUGGUUGAGCUGCAGGAUACUGAGGGCAACACGAUCAUGCAGGAGCAUUUUCAGAUGAUGGUCAGGAUCAGAGAAGGUGCGGAGAACACGGCUCCCAAACCCAGCUUCGUAUCUAUGAUGAUGAUGGAGGUGGAUCAGUUUGUGAUGACGGCCAUUACGACGGACAUGCUGGCCGCCGAGGACGUGGAGACCCACCCAGACGAUUUGAUCUUUAACAUAACCUCGGCUCUGGGUCCACAGCAGGGUUACAUCAUCAGCACAGAUGAUCAGAACCUGCCCAUCACCUCCUUCUACCAGAGGGACAUCAAGGAUCUGAAAAUAGCGUACAAGCCGCCGUCAGAGGAUUCAGAGACGGAGAGAAUUUUCCAGCUUGAGUUUGAAAUUGUAGACUCGGACGGCGCUGUGUCGGAUCCCUUUGCGUUUAUGAUUGUGGUGAAGCCGAUGAAUACCUUGGCACCGGUGGCGACCAAAAACACGGGGCAGCUAUUGUUCGAGGGGCAGUCCAGACCUCUCUCCAGUGGGCAGAAUCUAGAGAUAAGUGAUGAAGACAACCUUGAAGAUGUGAGGAUCACCGUCAUUGACGGCUUGAAACACGGCGAGUUGACCAUUCUGGGCUCCAGGAAGAAGUUCUUCACACCGGCCGAAUUAGACGCUGGAGUCGUCGUGUACCAGCACGACGGCAGCGACACCUACAGCGACAACAUUAUUUUCCGAAUGAGCGACGGGAGUAACGAGGUGGAGUUCUUAUUUCCCAUCACGAUUGCGCCCACUGACGACGAGCCUCCGAUUAUCAACGCCAACACCGGCAUGGUGCUGUUCAAAAACGAGGUCAUGCAGAUCUCCCCGUUCAUUCUGAGCGCCACCGACAUCGAUUCAGAAGACUCGACCAUCAAGUUUAUUUUGGAGCCGCCGUACUCCAGUGUAGGGGAGCUGCUGCUGAGGCAGGUGGAGCCCCCCGCAGACCCCUCGCUGUGGAAGUUCAGUGAGACGGACGAGAUGUUCGAGCAGGUGGUGACGGAGUGGUUUCAGCAGGAUAUCCUCGAUGGAAAGCUGUUUUAUCGCCACAUCGGGCCUCACAGCACGACCACAGUGACAGACCUGUUUGUGUUCCGCGUGCAGGACAACAACGAUCCCCCGAAUCAAUCGGGCGAACACACCUUAACUGUUAAAAUCCAACCUGUCGAUGAUAUUUCCCCAGAGCUCCUUCCAGGCACGACCCUCCACAUGACCGUGCAGGAAUACGAGCUGACGUACUUCCAGAAGAAAUUUUUGUGUUACACUGAUCUGGAUUCGGACGAUAGGGAUUUAAAGUACACCAUCACAAAGCCUCCAACUGAUAUAGACGACAACAACCCAGCGCCCUUGGGUGACGUCGUGCUGACGGACAACCCUGAUAUCGUAAUCACAGAGUUCACGCAGGCUCAGGUGAACCACCACAAGGUGGCCUACAAGCCUCCAAACCAAGAACUGGGCAUCACCCCUAAGGUAGCUCAGUUCACAUUUGUUGUGGAAGACACUGCCGGUAACACAGUGGAUGGGUUGUUUACGAUCUUCCUGCAGCCGGUCGACAACAAGCCCCCUCUCAUCACAAACACAGGGUUCACUGUGAUGGAGAGAAACGCUUACGUCCUCAGUAAGAAGGACCUGUACGCCACAGACACAGACACUGACGGUGAAAAUAUCAUCUUCACGAUCACCCAGACGCCUCAGUUUGGACACCUCCAAUAUUUGGGCGUUGACAUGUCAAAUGGCGAAACCUUUGUGCUGGAGGACCUCGCGAGUGGCCACGUAAGUUACAUCCACAACGGCAAAGAGUCACAAAGUGAUGUCAUCAGAAUCGAUGUCAGUGACGGGUUUCACGAGGUGCCCAUACAUAUCAAGAUCGCAAUUGAUCCCGUUGACGACGAGACGCCGACUAUCGUGCUUCCAGACGGGCUUCUUGGCGCCUCUCUUGACGUUCUUGAGAACGGCGCGACAGAAAUCACCAGCAAUGUCAUCCAAGGUCAGGAUGAAGACACGGACGACCUGAGGCUCACGUUCAUUGUAGAAGAAGCUCCUAAACUGGGCGAAAUCUUGCUCAACGGCGCUCCCACCGAGAGAUUCACCCAGGAGGACAUCAUUAACGGAGCUGUGGUGUACGCGCAUACGUCUGGUGAGAUCGGGCCGGUGAAAGAAAGCGACUCCUUCAACCUGACUCUGACUGAUAUGUCGGAGCAGUGGGUGGUGGGUGGGAACAAGGUCCAAGGGGUCACGGUCCAUGUAACAAUUCUCCCGGUGGACAGUAUUCCACCGAUUGUUAGCGUUGGGGAACAGUUUGUUGUCGUUGAAGGGGAGAAGAACGUCAUUACCCUCGACCACAUUCAAGCAGAAGACAUCGACACGGACAAUGAAGACAUCCAAUGCACUAUUAUUGUCCAACCGACCUCUGGUUAUGUGGAGAACAUAUCUCCAGCUGCAGGCUCGGAGAAAUCCAGAGCAGGCACGGCCAUCACUGCCUUUGAUAUCAAAGACAUCGCACUCGGCCACAUAUAUUACGUCCAAAGUAUCCACAAAGGCGUGGAACCUGUGGAGGACCGCUUCACCUUCCGUUGCUCCGAUGGCAUCAACUUUUCCAAACGCCACUUCUUCCCAAUCGUCAUCAUUCCAGCCAAUGAUGAAAAGCCAGAGAUCUAUGUCCGGGAGUUUGUGGUCAUGGAGGGCAUGAGUCUGGUCAUUGAUACACCGAUUCUGAAUGCUGCUGAUGCUGACAUUCCUCUGGAUGAGCUCCACUUUGAGAUCAUCAAACACCCGAAACACGGCACGAUCGUGCAGCAGUUGAGCACAGGCACCAUCCCUGUUGACAGCUUCGACUUGGAGGAGAUAAAGGAGGGGUCAAAUAUCGUCUACGAGCACGACGAUUCGGAGACGGAGGAGGACAGUUUUGAAGUCAGGGUGUCGGACGGUAAGCACAAGGUUGAAAAAACUGUCCUUAUUAUGGUCAUUCCUGUUGACGACGAAACACCAAGAAUGACUAUCAACGAUGGUCUGGACGUUGAGAUCGGUGAGACUAAAGUCAUCGGCAACAAGAUCCUGAAGGCAACAGAUCUGGACUCUGAAGACAAAGCUCUGACGUAUGUUGUCCGCUACGGCCCGGGCCAGGGCUACCUGCAGCGCCUCAGCAAGCUCGGCAACGUCGUCGGAAACAUCAGCCUGGGAAUGAACUUCACACAGGACGAAGUGGACAAUCAGCUGAUCCAAUACGUCCACACCGGCCAGGAGGGAAUCCGGGACUUGCUGAAGUUCGACGUCACAGAUGGAAUCAACCCUCUCAUCGAUCGAUACUUUUACAUAAACAUCGGAAGCAUCGAUAUGGUUUUCCCAGACGUGGUGAACAAAGGGGUGACCCUGAAAGAAGGAGGGAAGGUGACGUUGACCACAGAUCUGCUCAGCACCAGUGACAUCAACAGUCCAGAUGAGUUCCUCAGCUUCAGCAUCACACGAGCACCCAGCAGGGGCCAUCUCGAAAGCACCGACUUCCCCGGCGUCCCCAUUUCCACCUUCACCCAACUGCAGCUCGCUGGGAACAAGAUCUAUUACAUCCACACCUCCGACGACGAGAUGAAAAUGGACAGCUUUGAGUUUGAGGUAACAGACGGCUACAAUCCAGUCUUCCGUACCUUCCGAGUGUCCAUCACUGAUGUGGACAAUAAGAAACCCGUCCUGACAAUAAGCAGACUGGCCGUGGAGGAGGGGGAGACCAAGCUCAUCACGCCAUUCGAGCUGUCGGCGGAAGACCGCGACACACCGGACAACCUGUUGCGUUUCAUCGUGACGCAGGUCCCGGUGCACGGUCAGCUCGUUUUUAACAAGUCGCAACCGAUCACCACGUUCACCAAGCAGGACCUGAACGACAACCUCAUCAGCUACAAACACGACGGCACUGAGACCAACGAAGACAGCUUCUCUUUCACGGUGACAGACGGCACUCACAACGAUUUCUACGUUUUCCCCAACACCGUUUAUGAGACACGCAAACCCCAAAUGAUGACAAUUCACAUCAACACGGUGGACAACGGCGUGCCGCAGAUCGUCGUCAAUAAAGCCGCGGCGUCGUUGAAGGUCCUGCAAACGGGUCACCUCGGCUUUGUGAUCACGAACAAGGCCCUGCGGUCAGAGGACCGUGACAGUCCACAGAGGGUCCUGAAGUACACCGUGUCCCAGCCGCCCCGGCAUGGCAUCAUCAUCAACAACGCCUUGGGCAACGACAGCAUCAAGACCUUCACACAAGCCGAUAUCAAUGAGAUGAAGAUCUGCUACGUGCUGAAGGACACUAGCAACGCAACUAGCGACAUCUUCCACUUCACCGUGGAAGACAGCGGUGGAAACAAACUUCAGCCUCAGCCUUUCAGGCUCAACUGGGCUUGGAUCUCCUUGGAGAGGGAAUAUUACCUGGUGGACGAGGACGCCAAGUUCUUAGAGGUGACGCUCAAACGGCGAGGAUACUUGGGAGAGACCUCCUUUGUCAGUAUUGCCACCAAAGAUGGGACUGCGAAGGUCGACAAAGACUUCCGUGGCAAAUCCCAGAAGCAGGUCCAAUUCAACCCCGGCCAAACCACCGCAACCUGGAAGGUGAAGAUCUUCACGGAUCAGGAGUUCGAAGCCUCUGAGACCUUUGAGAUCCAACUUUCGGACCCAGUCAUGGCCGUGCUUGAAUUCCCUGACAUUGCAACAGUGGAGAUUGUGGACCCCGGAGAUGAGUCCACCGUGUUCAUUCCUCAAGCCGAGUACAAGAUUGAGGAGGAUGUCGGGGAGCUGCUGGUGCCGGUGCGUCGGUCUGGUGAUGCCAGUCAGGAGCUCAUGGUUGUAUGUUCUACUCACCAAGCCACAGCCACUGGCACCGUACCCAGCACGGUCCUGUCCUACUCGGAUUACAUCACCCGACCCGAGGACCACACAAGUGUGCUGCGCUUCGACAAAGACGAACGUGAGAAACUCUGCCGCAUCAUCAUCAUUGACGACUCCCUGUACGAGGAGGAGGAGAGCUUCAACGUGACGCUCAGCAUGGCCAUGGGCGGUCAAGUGGGCACCAGCUUCCCCACUGCCAAGGUCACCAUCCUGCCAGACAGCGAUGACGAGCCAUCUUUGUAUUUUGGAGAACCUGAGUAUGUUGUCGACGAGAGCUCUGGCUAUGUGGAGGUGAAGGUCUGGAGGACAGGAACCGACCUGUCCAAGACAGCGACCGUCACCGUUCGCUCCAGGAAGAGUGAACCCGUCUCUGCAGAAGCUGGUCUGGAUUAUGUCGGCAUCAGUCGCAACCUGGACUUUGCCCCAGGUGUGACCAUGCAGACUUUUAGGGUGACCAUCCUGGAUGACCUGGGUCAGCCAGAGCUGGAGGGGCCUGAGACAUUCGACCUCGUGCUGAGGAUGCCCAUGAGCGCAGUGCUGGGGGAACCAAGCAAAACCACCAUCACCAUCAACGACACCGUCACAGAUGUGCCAAAGGUCCAGUUUAAAGAGGGCAGCUACAAGGUGGAUGAAGCUGAUGGCGAAAUAGAAGCCAUUAUUUAUCGCAGCGGCGACAUCAGCCUUAGAUCCACCGUGCGCUGCUACACGCGCCAAGGUUCCGCGCAGGUGAUGAUGGACUACAGCGAGAGGCCCAACACAGACGCCUCCAUCGUCACUUUCCUGCCGGGUGAGACCGAGAAGCCGUGUGUGGUCAGUCUGAUGGACGACUCCGUUCACGAAGAGGAUGAGGAACUUCGUCUGGUACUGGGAACUCCAAAAAGCAAGUCUCCAUAUGGAGCGUCGAUCGGAGAGCAGAAGGAAACCCUGAUCACCAUCACCGACAAGAAAGACAAGCCCGUCAUCCGUUUCUCUGAGAUCAAGUACAGCGUGCGUGAGCCGCAGGUGAAAGGAGACGUCGCUGUCGUGAAGAUCCCGAUCUUACGGAUGGGAGACACGUCGCAGGUGUCAGUGGUGAGGGUUCACACCAAAGAUGGCUCUGCCACCUCGGGAGAAGACUACAACCCUCUCUCUGAAGAUGUGGAGUUCAAGGAAGGCGAAAAGGAACAUUUCGUGGAGAUCGAGAUCCUGUACGACGGCCAGAGAGAGAUGAGGGAGGCCUUCACUGUGCACAUGAAGCCGGAUGACAACAUGAUUGCUGAAAUUCAGAUGAACAAGGCCAUCGUCUAUAUCGAGGAGAUGGACAGCGUCGCUGAUGUCACGUUCCCGGCGGUGCCUCACGUGGUUUCGCUGCUCAUGUACGACGACACGGCGAAGGCCAAAGAGAAUCCCAACCCAGCCAACGGCUACCCUGUUGUGUGUGUGACGGCUUGUAACCCCAAAUACCACGACUUUGACAAAACCGGUUCCAUCUGCACGGCGGAGAACAUCAACGACACCCUCACCCAGUACCGCUGGAGUGUCAGCGCCCCGACCGGCUCCGACGGCGUCACCAGUCCCAUGAGGGAGGUGGACACCAACACCUUCUUCACCAACACCAAGUCCAUCACGCUGGACUCCAUCUACUUCCAGGCUGGAUCUAGAAUCCAGUGCGCAGCUCGCGCCUUCAACGCCAAUGGAGAUGCAGGUCUGGAGCUGUCCAGUCCCGUCGUCAUCAUCAGCAAGGAGGAGGGUAUGUGUCAGCCACGUAUCCCUGGAACCGUCGGAGCGGAGCCGUUCUCCGCGAAGAUCCGCUACACUGGCCCCGACGACCCGGACUUCCCCAACCUCAUCAAACUGACCGUCAACAUGCCCCACAUGGACGGCAUGCUCCCGGUCAUCUCCACCAGGCCUUUGUCCAACUUUGAGCUCACGCUGAGCCCGGACGGAACCCGUGUGGGCAACCACCGCUGCUCCAACUUACUGGACUUCAAUGAGAUCCAAACCGGCCACGGCUUCAUCACAGACGCCACCAAGAACCCGGAGAUCAUCGGCGAGACGUCGGCGUAUCAGUACAGCACCGUCAUGAGAUCCUCCAACUCGCUACGCUUCUACAGGAACCUCAACUUGGAGGCUUGUCUUUGGGAGUUUACCAGCUACUAUGACAUGUCGGAGCUCCUGAACGAGUGUGGAGGCUCCAUCGGCACCGACGGGCAGGUGCUGAAUCUGGUGCAGUCCUACGUCACCCUGCGGGUUCCCCUCUACGUGUCCUACGUUUUCCACUCUCCGGUGGCUGUGGGCGGCUGGCAGCACUUCGACCUGCAGUCUGAGCUCAAACUCACGUUUGUGUACGACACAGCAAUUCUGUGGCAGGACGGCAUCGGCAGCCCGCCGGAGUCGGAGCUGCAAGGAUCCAUGUAUCCAACUAGCAUGCGAAUCAACGAGGAGGGUCGCCUGGUGGUCAACUUUAAGACCGAGGCUCGCUUCAGAGGGCAGUUUGUGAUGAGUCAUCCAGGAACCAGCAUGUCCUCCAUGGUGAUCUGCGCUGACCACCCCGGCUUGACCUUCACUCUGGCUCUGGUCAGGACUGAGCCCACAUACAACCAGCCCAUGCAGCAGUGGAGCUUCGUGUCCGACUUUGCUGUGCGGGACUACUCAGGGACCUACACGGUGAAGAUGGUGCCAUGCAUCGCCUCCCCCAAUGGGGAGUUCAGCAUCCCCCCGGUGUGCCACCCCAGAGAGCCACUUACGUUCGAUAUGGACAUUCGCUUCCAGCAGGUGAGCGACCCGGUGGCGGCAGAGUUCAGCCUCAACACUCAGAUGUUCCUGCUGUCCAAGAGAGAGCUGUGGCUAUCGGACGGUUCUAUGGGCUUUGGAGAAGGUUCUGAUGCUGCUUUCACAGAAGGCUCGACCAUCUAUGGCCGAGUGAUGGUGGACCCGGUUCAGAACCUGGGCGACUCAUUCAGCUGCAGCAUUGAGAAGGUCUUCCUAUGCACCGGGGCGGAUGGCUACGUCCCCAAAUAUAACCCCACGAACAAAGAGUACGGCUGCCUGGCAGACUCCUCGUCGCUGCUUUAUAGAUUCAAGAUUUUGGACAAGGCCCAACCAGAGACCCAGGCCUCGUCCUUCGGUGAUGUCAAUUUUAAGGCCACACUGGCUCAGGAUACAGCCGGGGCGCUUCCUCUGGUCAGACAGCCGGGAUCAGAUGGGUUUGCCUUUUCAUCCUCCCCGCUCUUCCAGGUCGCUGCAGGCCGAGAGUGGUUCAUCCACACCAUCUACACUGUCCGCUCCAGAGAAAACGCCAACCGUAACAUCGGCAAGCGCAGCAUCGAGUACCACAGCAUCUCCAGCGUUGAGGAACCUCAAAUCACCGAUGUGGCCCCCGGGCGCCACCGCCGAGCCGCCCCCAGCCUCUCCAACCCUGCUCUGGCCCAGGACAUUGGCGUGGAGAACAACAGAGGCACCAACAUCCAACACAUCGCUCUGGACCGCGCCGACCGCCUGGUGGUCAGUCAGCGCCAGCCGCUAUAUCCGGGCCGUGACGCAUACUUGGAGCGCCCUCUGCUGGAGAGCUCCAGCAGAGACUCAGCGGACAGCUCGACUCUGCCCUUGUUAGUGGGUAUUGCUGGUCUGAUCCUCUUCAUCUGCUUGACCGCCAUCGCUGUUCUCUUGUUUGCGCGGCGUAAAAGAAAGGAGAACAAGAGCCAGUUCCCUCCAUACACAACGUCGUCCUGUUCGGCCUACAGCACCGGAUCGGACCGCAAGUGGAACAGCUCAGACAGCUCCGAAGUCUAAUCGUCUAACGCUCCGAAACACUUUGGAAGACUCAAAUAGUCUCGUUCACUGCUGUGCCUUCGUUUCCCAACACGUGUAGCACUGAAAACGGCCAAAUCCGAAAACAGCAAAUUGUCUGUGCCUGCAGGUCCUCGACACAACAGCCUCUGACCAGGAGGCUGCUGAGUGCGAACCUGCUUCAAUGGUUGUAAAAUAUUACUUUUCCAAUAUUGGAUGAUACAUGACAAGUUUCAUCGCAGAAACAUGAGGAAAUACUUUCCUAGUUUACCAACUUUUUUUUUUAACUCAUUCUGUUUUGUGUCCAGAAAAAUGUAUGAAUGUUAUUUGAAGAUGACCUUAAUGAAUGAGCAGGUUGGAAUUAAAGCGGCCCACUGUUGAGUAUUAUUAAUGUCAGAGAAAAGGGAAUGUAAACGUCAAGCUGAAGCUGACCAUGACUUUCACUGCGGUACGGAUGGCAAAAUGUGCAAAAGGAAAUAUGGAAAUUAUCACACCCUGGUGAAACUUGAAAAUGUACUGAUGUCUCUGGUUUGUUGAUGGAUAUAAAUGGGCGACAAUAUAUAUAUUUUCACGUACACAUUGAUGGCUUUUUAGUCUGUUACGCUUUGUGAUGUUAAAAUUGCGGU